AUGGAGGAUGUUGGGAAGACAGAUAUUGAUGCACAAAAUGGGGAAGAGCGUCUCACAGAAUUAAGUGCCAUUAAUGGGAGGCGUCUACUUUUCAAAAUCGAUAUUUUUGUGCUAUCAUUUGUUUGCUUGCAGUACUGGAUCAACUACGUUGAUAGAGUUGGUUUUGCCAAUGCAUACGUGUCGGGCAUGAAAGAAGAAUUAAAUUUGGUAGGGAAUGAGUUCAACCUCAUAAAUACUUGUUUUACUAUCGGCUACGUUUUGGGAAUGAUUCCAAACAAUUUAAUUCUAUUGGUUGUCCAACCGCGUGUGUGGUUGAGUUUUUGCACUCUUUCUUGGGGUAUAUUGACAUUGUCUAUGUACAAAGUCGAGAACUUCAAACAAUGUUGCGCCAUUCGUUUCUUUCAAGCGGUCUUUGAAAGCUGCACCUUUUCGGGCACCCAUCUUAUACUAGGGUCGUGGUAUCAAGAAAAAGAGCUUACCAUCAGAUCCGCUAUCUUUACUAGCAGCGGGCUUGUGGGCUCCAUCUUUAGCGGUUUCAUGCAAGUGGGAAUUCAUAACUCUUUGGACGGUCGCCGCGGACUAGCGGGGUGGAGGUGGUUAUUUAUAAUUGAUUUCUUGAUUACUAUUCCAGUGGCCAUAUAUGGUUUUAUCUUUUUCCCCACAACGCCUGACCACAUCAACACUCAUUCUGGUAGCCGUUUGCGUUUGUUUACGGUACAAGAAUUGGAGUUUGCAAAGCACAGACUGCCCGUUCGUAAUGAACGCGCCAAAUUAGAUUGGACGCUGGUGCGACGUGUGCUUGGAAGAUGGCAUUGGUGGCUGUUCAGUUUUCUUUGGAUUUUAGGAGGCGAAAACAUCUCGCUGGCAUCGAACUCUACCUUUGCCUUGUGGCUGAGCUCGCAAGGAUACACAUUAGCCCAGAAGAAUCAAUAUCCAUUAGGAAUCUUCGCCGUAGGAAUUGUGUCAACCUGCGGGGCUGCAUUAUACAUGGACAGGUUUCGGCACGCGCAGCACUGGCACGUUGCUGUAUUGAUUGGGAUUGUGAUGUGUAUUGUGGCAGUGAUGAUCCGUGCGCAAUCCAGUUCACCGGCAGUGCUCUUCACUGCUCAAUACCUGGGUGGAGUUUGCUACGCUUCCCAAGCCGUAUUCUUCAGCUGGGCCAACAUUGUAUGUCAGAAUGAUUUGCAAGAGCGAGCCAUUGUCUUGGCUUCAAUGAACAUGUUUUCCGGAGCGGUGAACGCCUGGUGGUCGCUCCUGUUUUACUCUGCAACCAUGGCUCCGCAUUACGAGCGUGGGUGCUAUGCUCUCAUGUGUACCGCCCUUGGUAGUGCCGCAACUGCUGUUCUCAUCAAGUGGCUGCAAAGGCGUGAAAUGCUAAAAGACUUACGUUCGCUUGCUGAUAACAUGAACUACUCGUCAGCAUGCCAAGAUGUGGAAUUCACAGAGACCAAAUUUUAA